AACAGGUUGAAGACAUAAAUAAAUGUUCCGGACAAAUGGAACAAUUGAAUUUGGUGGAGAAUUCAAAGGAAAGUAAGACACCGUCUAAAAAGGGCAAAACCACAGAUACUUUAAAUUUACGAAAGAAACCUACAGUGAAAAGCCGCAUUCGUGAACUAAUUUUAGAAGCGAGAAAGGCAAAGAAAAUGUCAGGUAAAGAAGAUAAAAAUGUUGACAUAUUUGAUGCAGCCUUGCUUAGUGUACAAUCACCAACGAAGCCCAGCAUUUCACGUAAAAAUUCCCGGCUAGUUGCUGAAUCUCCCAUCAGAACACCAUUCAGGGAACAGAAUCGUGUAUCAAGAGCUAUACUUCGGGCAUCUCUUAUCGGAAAGUCUGUAGAAAAUUGAUUGGAGCG